AUGGCGUGGAUGUCCUACACGGCUCGACAUACUUUGCACAGGAUCGAGGCAUGUAGAAAAAUGGGCGGAGAUCUUGUUGAGGUUAAUGACGUCAUAGAACAUAACUUCUUGAUGUCAAAGGCUCCGCCUUUGAAUGACAGUCGCGUCGAAACAGGGUAUUGGAUCGGCCUGACAGACAAGGAUAGAAAUAACACAUUUGUCUGGAUAUCAUCUGGAGAGGUUCCUACUUUCACCUUGUGGCGUGAUGACCAGCCAACCCAUGCUUGGGGCAUUUAUGACGAAGAUUUGACGAGUAAUUUUAAGGGAAUGGCGGAAGAAGAAUCAAGAAUUUAUCCAAAUCAAUGA